GAAAAUGGAUAUCCAGUUUUAGAUAAGAAAAAACACAUCUCUGAAUCACCCUUCCAUGGCAGAACCAAACUAACUCCCACUCCACUUUCACUUCCACUUCCUCUUCCUUUUUCUUAUCUUUAUUAUUAUCAUUACUCACCGUAAAAAAAAAAAUAUAAAGAAAGAAGAAAGAUUGAAACUUUAUAAUUUUUCCCAAAUGGGUUUUGCUUCUUUAAACAGUGGGUGUGGUUGUUGCAGUCUUGGAUGGAAAUCAUCAAGUUUUUUACAACCAUUAUCAGGCUUUAAUUCAAUUACUCCAAAUGGUAUCCGGGUCGGACCUUCCAACCCGUUCAGAGUUGUUAGCCCUUCUGCCUCUGCUUCUUCUUCUACUGAUUCAGAACCACUUUUGGUGAAGGCGGCAAGAGGACUUCCAGUAAGUCGACCACCAGCAUGGAUGAUGCGUCAGGCUGGAAGGUAUAUGGCGGUUUACAGAAAGCUUGCAGAGAAACAUCCAUCUUUUAGAGAGAGAUCUGAAACAACUGAUCUCAUUGUGGAAAUAUCAUUGCAGCCAUGGGAAGCUUUCCAUCCUGAUGGAGUUAUUAUAUUCUCUGAUAUUCUUACCCCUCUACCCGCAUUUGGUGUUCCCUUUGACAUAGAAGAAGUGAGGGGGCCCGUAAUUCAAACCCCAAUUCGUUCCGAGGAAGGCUUGAAAGCAUUGCAUCCAAUCAACUUGGAUCAACUAAACUUUGUUGGUGAUUCCCUCAAGAUUCUAAGACAGCAGGUUGAUGGGAAAGCUGCAGUUUUGGGUUUUGUGGGUGCUCCUUGGACAAUAGCCACGUAUAUCGUAGAAGGUGGUACUACUCGUACAUAUACAAAUAUAAAAAGCAUGUGUCAUACAGCACCGCAUGUUUUACAGGCUCUUCUAUCACAUUUAACCAAGGCUAUAGCUGAGUACGUGGUAUAUCAAGUGAAAUCGGGAGCACAUUGUGUACAAAUAUUCGAUUCUUGGGGUGGACAAUUGCCUCCUAAUAUGUGGGAGCUUUGGUCAAAGCCUUAUAUAAACGAGAUUGUGGCUAUUGUAAAGAAGAGGUGUCCAGAGAUCCCACUUGUACUUUACAUCAAUGGAAAUGGUGGAUUACUUGAAAAGAUGAAAGGGACUGGAGUUGAUGUGAUUGGAUUGGAUUGGACAGUUGAUAUGGCUGAUGGCAGGCGGAGGCUUGGUGAUGACAUCAGCGUACAAGGAAACGUUGAUCCAGCUUAUUUGUUUUCGCCUCUUCCAGCCUUGACUGAUGAAAUUCAUAGGGUUGUGAAGUGUGCUGGACCAAAGGGUCACAUUCUGAACCUAGGCCAUGGUGUUCUUGUUGGAACCCCCGAGGAAGCCGUGGCUCGGUUCUUUGAUGUCGCAAGAAGCUUCAACUUUGAUUCUGUUGAGGAAAAAUCUACCGUUACAGUUUGAGUGUGACCAGUGUUUUCUCAUAGGACAAAGGUUGUGUUCUUGAGGAUUUUUCCGGAGGAAGUGGAAAAUCGGUUUUUUUUGUUUAUAUAAUGAGGCUGCAGUAUUUUCCCUGCAGUGUAAUUCUUUUGGGAAGAAACAUAAUUGCUUGUAGCUUUUUUUGAUAAUUUAAUCAUGUUAUGCUAUACAGAAAUCUUUUCUCAAGUCUUUAAUAUUUGUUCAUUAUUCAAA